CGCGAUUCAGGGUGCAGGGUGGGCGAGGUGGAGCAAUGCGCGAUUCAGAGUGCGGGGCGGACGAGGAGCGCCACUGUGUUUCCGCUCCUGAUGCAUGGUGGUCGAAGGGAGGAAUUGUUGGAAAAAAAGAGAUAUGUUAUUGGCACAAAUAAACAGAGAAGCUCAAAGUAUGGCAGAAUUCCAGGGAGUGGGCGAUGGUCAGCACGUCACAUUGUGCCUCACAGAAACUGUAGCAGUAACAGAUGGCGAUCGAUUGGAAAAUAUGGAUGGCGUGAGUUUACAAGCCGUUACUCUUGCAGAUGGCACCACAGCAUAUUUCCAACACAAUUCUAAAGAUGGGAAGUUGGUUGAUGGCCAAGUUAUUCAACUAGAGGAUGGUUCGGCAGCGUAUGUACAACAUGUUUCAGUACCAAAAGCAGCAGGAGAUUGUUUGCGUUUUGAGGAUGGACAGGCAGUUCAGCUGGAGGAUGGAUCAACAGCAUUUAUUCAUCAUUCACCAAAAGAUGGCUAUGAUCCAAAUGCAGUGCAAGCUGUGCAGCUGGAAGAUGGAACUACUGCCUAUAUCCACCAUAUGAUACAAGUACCACAAUCUGACACCAUCCUUACUGUUCAAGCCGAUAGUACCCUGGCAGGACUGCACACAGGGGAAACCACAGUAGAUCCUGAGACCAUCAGUGUGCUUGAGCAAUAUGCCACAAAAGUAACUGCUGACGGCAAUGAGAGUGUCAGCAGUACAGGACUGGUGAAUGAAAAUGAUCAUGAAAAAAAAAUGCAGAUUGUUCUUCAGGGUCAUGUGACAGGACGGGUUAGCGCCAAAGCUCAACAGCUCGGAGAAAAAGCAUUUCGUUGUGAAUAUGAGGGAUGUGGAAGACUCUAUACCACUGCUCACCAUCUGAAGGUACACGAAAGAGCACAUACUGGUGAUCGACCAUAUAGAUGUGAGCACCCAGGUUGUGGAAAAGCUUUUGCCACAGGAUAUGGAUUAAAAAGUCAUACAAGAACCCAUACAGGAGAAAAGCCAUAUAGAUGCCCAGAAGAGAGCUGUGACAAAGCAUUCAAAACCUCAGGAGAUCUACAAAAACAUAUCCGAACACACACAGGUGAAAGGCCAUUCAAAUGCCCUUUUGAAGGCUGUGGCAGAUCAUUCACCACAUCAAAUAUUCGUAAAGUGCACAUUCGGACUCACACAGGUGAAAGACCAUAUUUCUGUCCAGAGGCAGGCUGUGGGCGAGCCUUUGCUAGUGCAACCAAUUACAAGAACCAUAUGAGGAUACACACAGGGGAGAAGCCGUAUGUAUGUACUGUACCUGGCUGUGACAAGCGUUUUACUGAGUACUCUAGUUUAUAUAAACACCAUGUGGUUCAUACUCAUUCCAAACCGUACAACUGCAAUCACUGUGGCAAAACCUAUAAACAGACCUCCACAUUAGCAAUGCAUAAGCGAACUGCGCAUGGAGACAGUGAGCCAACUGAAGAAGAGGAGACUUUCUUUGAGCCUCAGGAUGUUACCUCUGGGGAUGAAAUCCUGAAGAGCCAACCAAUCACCUAUGUAACAGCAGUUGAAGAAGACACAGGGUUGUCUGGACAAGUUACUGCUGUUACCCAGACAAAUGUCAGUCAACACAUGGCUCUUAUUGCUCAAGAUGGUACGCAACAACAGGUCAGUAUUUCUCAGGCAGAUCUGUCAGGGAUUGGUAAUACUAUAACAAUGGUAACACAAGAUGGUACUACUAUCACAGUCCCUGCACAUGAUGCAGUUAUUUCAACACAGGAUACGCAUUCAGUCACGAUGGUAACCACAGAUGGUUCAGAUGGUCAACAGGUUGCUAUCGUGACUCCAGAUUGUGUGAUGAGAGGUGAGACGACAAUCGCUGCACUACAGGCCGCAUCUGUUGAGGUGGAAAAGAUGGUUACCCAACAACACCAUGAGCAUCAUUUAGUAACUGGAGGAGCACGACCAGUUACGUUACUAGCUACAUCAAACGGCACUCAGAUUGCAGUGCAGCUUGGUGAGCAACAAUCAUUGGAGGAGGCGAUAAGAAUAGCAUCUAGGAUACAACAUGGUGAAACCUCAGAAAUCGAUGAACAUCAAUAAAAUAAUUAUUGAAAAUAUCGGGGCCACAGUUCUGCCUAUUUCUAACAAUAGCUCUACUGUUAAAAGAAUGCAGAUUGCAUUACGUGCAGGCCAUAUGUAGCUUUUAAACAACAUAUUUAAAGCUGCAAUAUGUUGUAACUUUCAUAAAUGUCAUGAAUUUCUUCAGCUUCAUUUAGCUGAAGAUAAAUUAAUGAGACAAGAUAUGUAAUUGUGUAAACCAGUUCUGGCAAUCUGAGCAUUAAUUUAUCUCCAGGUUUCCCCAUCAGAAAUGUUGCAUACUGUUCUAAUUUAUUUUGUCAUUACUUAGAUGCUAUUGAUACACCAUAAUGUUAAAAAUUAUAAACAGUAUCUUCAAACCACACAAAUAGAGAUGAAUGCAUGAAUGAGCAGUGUUUGCGGUACUACUAAUUAUCUAUUAAUAGAUGUAGACAUUAUUCCAAAGUUUACCAGGCAUGUGAAUUUUCCUCAUGAUUUUCAGAAAAACAUUUAAAACAUUUUUUUAUGGUAUAUUGCAGCUUUAGAAUAUGAAUUAUCACUGCCUGCAGAUUCUGCACAGUCUGGACUAGACAAAUCAGGUUCUUGAUAUUAAGGUACUUUAAACUGUAGGCCCGAAAAUGUGGAGUGCCUGGGCAUGCUUUAAAUGCUUAGAUCUGCAUGAAUUUCCACAACGGGGAAUAUUAUAUUACAUUCUAGUAAAAGCAUUAAGGAGUUUAACAUGUUUGGGACUACAGUUUUACACUUAGGACAAUUGAUUUCUUACAAUUAAAAGAUAUUUAAUCUUUUGCCUGUGACCAAUUACAUGUAAAUACAUACUAAUGCCACAGAUGUAACCUACAUUUUACUUUUUACAUACGAUCAUGUAAAAGUUUAAAACAACAGAUUUUGGUUGUGCAAUAUUAAAGUCAUACAACUUAAAUUCAUGUUGCUUUAUUGAAAAUUAUCACCCUUUUAUUCACCUUUUGUUAGGGAUUUUUCUGAAAGUAUUUUAACUUAAAGCAAAUAAAAACCCACAAUAAAUCGCUUCUAAGACUUGCUGAAUAUAUAAUGAUGAAUCCAGUGUAUAGAGCUUCAAAUGAAGUUUGCUUAAAUUUGAGCAAUAACUCGCAUUUGUAGAAAUAUUAGCUGAUAUACUAAAACAUAGAUAGUUGAGUUAAAGAGACUUUAAACAAGAUCUUACUGUUCUAUAUAAAAAAUGGUGGUGGAAUUAAGAUGUGUUGAAAUAGCUUAAUUUAUCAGUAAUAAUUUUAGGGAAUACUUUUUAUAUAUUAAAAAGUUUUGUAAACUC